GGCUCACGUUAACUAGCUAGCUAACUUAGCUGGUUCAUUUUUGCCCAUGCGAGGAAGUUAGGCUAGCAAACAUUUUAACUAGGUAGCCUAUGACAACAUAAACUAAAAGCAUACUGUAUGACAGAGUCAUAGACUGUUUUGCCAACAUGAAAGAGAUGAGGAUGGCGUUGGCAUUCAACUAGUCUACAAGUAGGGGUUUUGGGCCAUAGUUUGAUAUGGCUGCCACUCUCCAGAAACUUGCAGUAUUCGUGUCGGGCAUAUGGAUCUGCCUCCUGCUCCUCAACCCCUUUCCACAAACCGGGGCAGUGGUUGGGCACAGAGAGCCGAUGCCUGACGACAGUAGAGACAACAUCACUAUUUUCACCCGGAUCCUGGACAGACUGCUAGAUGGCUACGACAACAGGCUUCGCCCCGGACUAGGAGCAGAGAGUGUGACGGAGGUGAGGACAAAUAUCUACGUGACCAGCUUUGGACCGGUGUCAGACACAGACAUGGAGUACACCAUCGAUGUGUUCUUCCGUCAGAGCUGGAGGGAUGAGAGGCUGAAGUUCGACGGGCCCAUGCAGGUCCUGCCUCUUAACAACCUCCUGGCCAGUAAGAUCUGGACUCCAGACACCUUCUUCCACAAUGGGAAGAAAUCUGUGGCCCACAACAUGACCACUCCCAACAAACUGCUACGACUGGUGGACAACGGUACCCUGCUUUACACUAUGAGGCUAACCAUCCACGCUGAGUGUCCCAUGCACUUGGAGGAUUUCCCCAUGGAUACACAUGACUGCCCUCUGAAGUUUGGGAGCUAUGCGUAUACAAACAAUGAGGUUGUCUAUCUCUGGACCAAAGGAGAUGAGGGCUCUGUAGUCGUAGCAGAUGAUGGGUCAAGGCUAAACCAGUAUGACCUACUGGGCCACGAUAUUGGGAAAGAAUCUAUGAUUUCCAGCACAGGAGAAUAUGUAGUGAUGACAACGUAUUUCCAUUUGAAAAGGAAAAUUGGCUAUUUUGUGAUUCAAACCUACCUUCCGUGCAUCAUGACUGUCAUCCUGUCUCAGGUCUCCUUCUGGCUAAACAGAGAGUCAGUUCCCGCCCGCACUGUAUUCGGGGUCACCACAGUUCUAACCAUGACAACCCUAAGUAUCAGUGCCAGGAACUCCCUGCCUAAGGUGGCCUAUGCCACAGCUAUGGACUGGUUCAUGGCGGUAUGCUAUGCCUUUGUCUUCUCUGCCCUGAUAGAGUUUGCCACAGUCAACUACUUUACCAAGCGCAGUUGGGCAUGGGAUGGCAAGAAGGAGGCCCAGGAGAUGAGGAGAAGAGAAUCUGCCUCUCUUUCCAAAAAGGCCAAUAACACAUUCAACAUUGUUGGAACUACAUACACCAUCAACGAGGCAAAGGACCCAGGUUUAACCACCGUCUCCAGGAGUGCCACCACAGCUACACACCACCACCACCACCACCACCACCACAGCCACAAGGUUCCUAAAAUGGACGAGAAUUACGUGGAAGCCAUAAAGUCCUACAACCGCGUCAGCAGAGUGGACAAGGUCUCACGCAUCAUCUUCCCUGUGCUGUUCUUCAUCUUCAACCUGGUCUAUUGGGCCACGUACAUCAACAGCAAGCCGCCUCCCAAGUCCACCACCCACAAUUAAACUCACCACGACUGAAUAUUAGGCUGAGAUUGCAAGAGGCCGAGAGAUCCACGACAUGUUAUUGUAUCAUUGUUUUGGACUUUGCAAGUCUCAAUAGGUCGCAGACAAACAUUCUCGUAGAUUUGUAUGUACAUAGUUGAACUAUAAAUGUUCAUUUGUUGUUACCUGAUUAUUAGUUUGUUUGACAGAAUAGCCGGAUGGUGUUUUCUCUUCUCUUGACAUGAUAAAGGGGAGCAUGUGUUUGGAUCCUUCAUGGUAGGUAGCUCAUUUCAGAGGAUCAGGUCCUGGUAAAUCACUGUGUGUAAACACACACUCUCACACCCACACACACACACACACUCACACCAUUCACUCUGAAUUGCGUCAGGAUGCAGCAAGGAGAGCCAUUGGCUGCUUGUCGCUAUAGCGAGCUCUUAUAGCCAGGGGCAGCAUGUAGAGUUCCAUAGGGACAUCAUUAAUAAUCCUCAGUGUCUGCCCUUCUGCUAGCGCUGAAUCUCAGCAGACCCAACGCAAUAUCAUCUGGAAUUGCUUUUGUGUCCUAUCAGGCCUGCCUGUGUAUUUUCCAGUCCAGAGACUCCUAUUGUUUUAACAGGCUGAGUAUGUUUAAAGAAAAAGAAGCAGUGUGCCUUUUUGAAUACCCACAUCAUCAAGAUAUAGCUUUUGUACACACAAACACAUACAUUCAGUACAUACACACAAACAAACACAUACAUACAGUACAUACACACACAAACACAUACAUUCAGUACAUACACACAAACAAACACAUACAUACAGUACAUACA